AUGGGUUACAACCGGGUCACAAAUGGGUUUCACUUUCAGGCGACUAUUCAAGCCGUCCAAGGGCUGAAACAUGUAGAGUUCGACAAGACAAGUUCAACGGUGGUGGUGGUUAGCGGAGGGGUUGCCUAUGGUGGCCGGAUCGGGCUCCAAAAUCUAGUGAUAAGCAUGCUCAUGUCUUAUCUUGUCCUGUGUUAUAUGUCUGAAGAGAAUAUAUUCUCUGUUAAAGUGUGUAACUCUUUAGUUGCAGAAAAUAUAUUCUUUGUAAAAGGGUGUGACACUUUAGUUCCAUCAACAAUUUCAACGUCAGAGGCUAGUCUAAUCGGGAAGAGUCCUAGACUGUUGUUCCAAUACGAUCGCGGUGGCAAGUAUAGAAGCAAGAAAACCUCCAUGAAGGUUACAGGCACAAAAAAAAUUGAUUGUCCUUUCAGAUUGAAAGAGGUGAAAAUGCGAACAGGUGAUGACUGCAUGGCAAGGGUGACUGCAGAGAAAGCCGGUAAAACCCAGAUGCAAGUUGUCAUGUCAUUCCUACAACAUGAAGGAUACAUUUUCGAGAGUCAAACAAAUGUUGUAACCAAUGAGCUUGAAGAUUUAUUCUUCGCACAUCCAGGAUCAUUAGAGCGAUGGCGUGCAUUCCCGCACGUGUUAUUGAUGGACUCAACAUAUAAAACAAAUAGAUACAAGAUGCCUCUCCUUGAGAUUGUCGGCGCGACUGCAACUAAUAUGACAUUUUGCAUAGCAUUCGUGUUCCUGCACUCAGAAAAAGUGUUCAAUUAUACUUGGGCUUUAAGGUGUCUACAGUCAACAAUGGAUGGAUGCACUGGUCCACGAGUUAUUGUCACAGACAAAGAGUUGGCCUUGAUGAAUGCAUCUGCCCAGUCAGAUUUGGUGACAUCACUGACAUUUAUUCAUCAAGUCAUCCAAUCACAGGACAUAGCUAUCAAAGCGAGUAUUGACCAUAACAAAACUAUCGUCCAACAUCGAUUCAAUAUACCGCACUUCCAGGAAUUACGUGGUUUUGUUUCAAGUCACGCAUUGCAUAUGAUUUUGAAGGAAUUUGAGCAAUCUAAGAAUGCCGAAGAAGUUUUCUACAAAUGCGGAUGUCAACUUCGUACAAGCUAUGGACUGCCAUGUGCGCAUGAGCAAGCAAUAUAUUUGAACGAUGGUCGUCCCAUACCAAUGGAUUCCAUAGAUAAUUUUUGGAGGAAACUUGACUUAUCAUCGUGUGUGUCUCUUCAAGACGAUGACAUCGAUUGUGACGUCGAUCUGCAAACGAACAAUCGUGGACGCCCCUCCUUGAAGAAAAAAGUUACAUUAAAUACUCGUGCUAAUCCUUCUGCAUUACUGUUCGUUGAGUCUGAUUCCCCUCAUUCUGGGGAACCAAGCAGACAUAGUUAUUCAUUUGGAGGCCCCGACUCGAAGAGCAGGGAAGACAUAUCCACUCGUGCUAAUACGACUACAUUUGAGUUUGUUGAGCCAUAUAUUUUUCAAUUUCAGGAACCAGCGAGACACAGUGGCUCCUCUAUUUACAACUACUCUGUACAUGCCUAUGUUCGUCAGUUUCCACCUAUACUUCAUCCUUACAUUAUGCAUGUACAAGACGUAAAACCUGAUGAAAAUUAUGGCUUUUGGGCGAUAGCUGUCUGUCUUGGUCUUCACGACGAUGCAUGGGCAACUAUCCGAUAUAACUUAAUAGAAGAGUUACACAUAUUUAGGACACAGUAUGUUGCAAUAUUUGGCAGUGAUGACCAGUGGACUCGUGUUUACAACUCACCGAACUUCUUUGCAUUAGAUAGAGGAGCACUGAUUGAGCAUUGGAUGACUAUGUCAGACAUAGGUCUCUUGAUUGCUUCAAAGUUCAAUGUGAUAUUACACGUUUUAAGUGUUGCACAGAGCUUGACGUAUUUUCCACUUCGAUCUACUCCACCACCGUCGUAUCAACAUGUUGCUAUCUCUAUCGAGUACGUAAAUAAUAAUCACUGCGUCCAUGUUGUAUUGACAAAGGGUUACCCGAUGCCUCCCAUUAUGCCUCAUGCGUACAUGCAAUAUAUGCGUUCUAGGUUUCCUUCUGGAACCAUUGUGUUGGAAGAUUAG